AUGACUGAUCACUUACAGCAAAUAUGUAGAUUCCAGCCCUUAGCUCUUGAAUUACGUAGUAGAUCACGAGACAAACGUCCAACUUUUGAUAAAAUUUUCGGUGUUCUCAAUAUGAUGUCCGAAACAACUAUUGAAUUCAUAACCAAUGAUGUUACUGAUACUCAAUUGACACCUACAUUAGUUAGUUCCGUUGUUGAAAUAAAUCAAGAUUCUAAAUCUAUCAAAGAGGACGAUGUUUAUGGAGAUUUAAUGAUUUAUUGA